CAUCAAUCAUAAAGACACCUGGGGUCUCUUCUGCUUGGUGGUAGGGUUAUUGACAAUUGUAAAAAAUAAGACACACAAGUAUGCGUUGGUAACCUACGUAAACUAAAUACAGUAGGUUUCUGUUGUGGAUGUGUAGUAGGUGUCGAUGAGAGGUUUAUUGCGAAAUAUUAGAAUAUGAAAUAAUAUUACACCGUACCGUAACUAUUUCACUUAGCUUCAACAUUUACCUUCUUUUGCUUAAAAUUGGCAAGUUCACGAUGGGGCAGUAACGAUCUCAGCCAGAGACAUCAAGUGGUCACACUUUCAGUAUGUCCGUGUUCCGAACCGGCCUUUUAGUGCUGACUGCUCCUUUGCCUCUCCUGUCAUUGCGGAUUGAACGUGUACUGACUUCUGCUGCCCAGGUAGUUGAGGACACACUUUAUGUGCACCUGCAUCCAGGACUUACCUUAACAGGACCUACAAGUUUGAAGCCUGUAUCUGUCCCAGCAACUCAUGAAGUAUGUAACCUUAUCACGGACCUCUACACUAGUGCCGCUGACAUCUGCAGCCACUUGGAUGUUCGAGUUCUUCUGACAAAUGUAAAGAGCAAAAGUGUAAAUCAGCAUUCAUUUAUUUCUGUGCAGAACUUGUCUCACCCACCAGAAGUGGUUCUUACUGACUGUAGGGCUACAGAUCUGAACAGGUCAAACCCUGAGAAGCAGAACCUGGAGAGGUAUGCUGCUAGCUAUUACUCCUGCAAGCCCAGUUUGGUGUCUGUUCUUUUGUCUUCUGAAACCGAAAUAUCUGAUGAGAAAAAGACAUCAGACAAUUCGCACUUCCAAGACUUUAUAGAGACUUACAGUGAUGUAGUGGCAGGGGGAACAUUUGAUAGACUUCAUAAUGCUCACAAGGUCUUCCUGAGUGUAUCAUGCCUAUUGGCUGAGAGAUCUUUACUGAUUGGAGUUUCUGAUGGAGAACUACUGAAAAACAAGAUAUUGAAGGAACUGAUCCAACCAUAUGCACAAAGGGUGGAGAAGCUUCGAGAAUUUCUUGUAGAUAUCAAACCAUCAUUGCACUACCAUAUUGUGCCUCUUCUGGAUCCAUAUGGGCCAUCCAUAAUAGAUCCUGACCUGAAGUGUAUUGUCAUCAGUAAGGAAACCCAACGUGGAGGAGAUGCUGUAAACAGAAAAAGACUAGAGAAUGGCCUUACACAGCUGAAAAUUCAUGCGCUGGAUUUAAUCCAGGACUCACAUCGAUCAGCAGUUCAGGAAGAGGAGAAAAUCAGCUCAUCCAGCUUGCGGAGCCGACUUUUGGGAACACUGCUUGCACCACCUCAGGUCAAAACAACACUGCCUUCUCGCCCUUAUGUUAUUGGCCUGACAGGAGGAAGUGGAAGUGGAAAGUCUUCUGUGGCUAACCGCCUGCGUGGACUGGGUGCUUACGUUAUAGACUGUGAUAAACUUGGCCAUGAGACCUACAAACCUGGAACACCAGCCUAUCAGAAGGUCAUUACCGAGUUUGGAACAGACAUUAUAAAUGAAGAUCGGUCAAUAAACAGAAGUGCUCUUGGCAAGAAGGUGUUUGGAAAUGAGGAACAGUUAAAGCGCCUGUCUGAUAUUGUAUGGCCUGAAAUAGCUCAACUGGCCAAGCAACAAAUAGCAUCAGCAGCUGCUGAGGGGAAGUCUGUGUGCGUGAUGGAUGCAGCUGUCCUUUUAGAAGCUGGCUGGAUGGACAUGGUGCAUGAAGUAUGGGUUGUCAUUAUUCCAGAAAAUGAGGCAGUGGUUCGAAUAAUGAAGAGAGACGGAGUAACUGAAGAGAAUGCCAGGAAGAGACUAGCUAGCCAGAUGACAAAUGCCCAGAGGGUUAAUCUAGCCAAUGUUGUCCUGUCUACACUUUGGGAGGCAGAGUUUACUCAGAAGCAGGUUGAAAAGGCUUGGCAUCAUCUUCAGAAGCGUAUCACCAAGACUGAAAAUAUUUGACAGAAAUCCCUUUAUAACUGGUGAAGCACAGUGACCAAGAUAUGUUUGUCUGUGUAACAGAAAUGCACUUUUAAUGCAGUAUUGCACCAGGAAAAAUAAUUGUUUCUGACUUUUGAGAGGUUCGGUUUGUUCAUUCUAAGUACUGUUGUCAAGUAUAAAAUCAGAAGCAGAUAUUUGUACAGUAUAUGUUAACAGCAACACAGACAUGUCUGGUAAACUGCUUGUGUUUUAAUUGUAGGCAUACCACCGCCGUCUGUCCCCACAUGAUUUUAAAUCAAAGUUCAGAAUGCUUGUCACAGGUUAUAUCCUAGUAUAUCAAAUUGAAAAAGGAACUGUUAUAUUUUAGCAUUUUAAAAAUGUUUUAUAAGAAAUGAAAGUUAAAAUGUGGGCUGUUGUCAUAGCAAAACAAUAUAGUGAUGCUGUUAAGGAAUUGAUGUUACAAAGCUGCCAAAUGCAUAAGGAAAAACUAGUUAAUUAAUGUACCUAUCGGAACAUUUUAUUCAGAAAACCUGCAUUCAUUUCACAUGAAGAGCCAGAUACUUUAUUGGAACAGCAGAACAGCAGUUGUUUUUUCUUGUUAUAUCCAGUUGUCUGAACAGUGUACCCAUAAGUGGCAUUAUGCAAAGUAAUUGUACAAGUUUGCUUAGUGUGACCAGCAAAUGAAAUGCUUUUUUAGGACAUUGUGGUGCUUGAGGAAUAUGUUUAUUUUGCUGAUGUUAUCUCAAUAAAAUUUGCCGUAGUACAUUUAUGCAAUAGCUGCAUAGAAGUAAUAAAGUUUUCACAGAGGACAUUUCA